AGUUACGAGGCAACUAACUUUUAGAACAUUUCGCUGAAAGUUCGUGAGUCGAGAGUCUGUCGUGUUAACACGGAGAUAUUCUGCGAUAUUGGACAGUUCCUGCGACAUACACGGUCGAGAUCUGCCCGAUGGAUCCCGGUGCGGGAGUUCCCGUGGCGGAUGGCAGCGGAGAGAGUCGAGGUGCUUGAAGAGCUGAGUCGGUCACCACCGAGACUCAAGGCCUUCCCACCCUGUCGCCUGGAGCCUGUGACGUCACGGCGCGGUGCACCUGGUGCGCAAGGUCGGCAGCGAGGACGACGGGUGCAGCUACGCCUUGAAGGAGGUGAGGAAGAGGCCGUAUCGCCAGACCCAGGAGUUGCCGUCCAGGUCCUUCCUGAAGGAGCGGCGAGUCCUGGAGGCUUCCUCCUGCACCUGCACUACGCCGGCCGGGCGGAGGAGGCGGCCUUCUUCGUGGUCGACCACGCGGCGGGAGGCCCCCUAACAGCCGUGCUGGAGGACCUGGGGUUCCUGCCCGUCUGGUGCCGGCCCAGCUGUUCGCGGCCCUGGACACCCUCCACUCGCUCGGCGUGAGUCACCGAGACGUAGAGACUGACAAGUUGUUUCAGGCCGAAGCCCGGCCGAGCCUCACCAACACCUCCUCCUGGAACUGAACCCGUUUGGGUAAGUAUACCAGGAGCACUACUUUGUUUGUUCGUCCAGAUGUCAACCGAUGGUUUGCUGGCAUCUGGACGAUUGGCCUCAGUUGUACCAUAUGCCAAUAUUUAGAAUGGUGUGUACCAUUCUUUUGCCUCAACCAGAAACAACUUAUCCCUUCUUUUUUAGCCGCCGUGCCUGCAGCCAGAAUAUAGCUUUGUCAGAUUAUAAGAUUUCCUUGUCCAAUUUGCAUCCAUACGUAAAAGACACGACGGCUGAUGUUAAAACACUACGGUCAUUCGUUGUGGGAUCUCUUGCAUGACAUUGCUCCGGGAAGGUUGCCUGUACCCGGGGCACUGAUCCCACAGCCAUUCUGGGUGUUCUCGAUCUCUGCCUUCAGUCUCGUAGAGACUGACAACGUGCUGGUUGACGGCGAGGGUAACGUGGUGCAAUGCUCGGAGCCGGCGGAGGAAGGCACGACUGAGUACUUGGCGCCCGAGGCGCUCCUGAGGACUCCGCCCGGCUGCACCGCCGCCGUGGACUGCUGGGGCGCGGGCGUGCUGGGGUUCGAGCUGCUGACGGGCAGCCUGCCCUUCGACCCGGGGGACGAGGGCGACCUGAACAUCAUCCACCAGGAGCCGCACUCCCCGCCGUGCCUGUCGCCCGAGGCGGCGGUCUUGCUCAGGAGUCAGGGCCGACAGCACACCUGGCAGAGCCCAGUUGGAGAAAUAUGGAGUAAGAGGCAGACAGCUGAAGCAAGAGGAAACAGCUGGAACAAGAUGCAGACAGCUGGAGCAAAAGGCAGACAGUCGGAGCAUGAGGCAGACAGCUGGAGCAAAAGUCAGACAGCUGGAGCAAGAGGCAGACAGCUGGAGCAAGAGGCAGAACAGCUGGAGCAUGAGGCAGACAGCUGGGGCAAGAGACUGAACAGCUGAAGCAAGAGGCAGAACAGCUGGAGCAUGAGGCAGACAGCUGGAGCAAGAGGCAGAACAGCUGGAGCAUGAGGCAGAACAGCUGGAGCAAGAUGCAGACAGUUGGAGCAAGAGGCAGACCAGCUGGAGCGAGAGGCAGAAGAGCUGGAGCAAGUGGUAUAACAGCUGUAGCAAGAGGCAGAGAGACAGCUGUAGCAAGAGUGAGAGAGACAGCUGCAGAAAGAGUGAGAGAGAUAGGUGGAUAAAGAGAGAGAUAUUAGGAAAAGGAGAGAGAUAGACAUGUGAAAUAAGAGAGAGAGACAGCUGGAGCAAUUGAGAGACAGCUGGAAUAGAGUUACAUAGCUGGAGCGAGAGACAGAAAGCUGGAGCAAGAGGCAGACAGCUGCAGCAGGAGAGAGACAGCUGGAGCAGGAGACAGACAGCUGUAGACGGAGACAGACAGCUGGAGUAGGAGAUAGACAGCCGGAGCAAGAGCCAGAACUGCUGGAGCAAGAGGCAGACAGCUGGAGCAAGAGGCAGAACAGCUGUAGCAAGAGGGCAGAUCCGCUGGAUAAUGAGGCAGACACCUGGAGCAAGAGGCAGAACAGCUGGAACAUAAGGCAAAACAGCUGGAGCAUGAAGCAGAUAACUGGAACAUGAGCCAGAACAGCUGGAGCAAGAGGCAGACAGCUGGAGCAAGAGGCAUAACAGCUGGAGCAAGAGGGCAGAUCCGCUGGAGAAUCAGGCAGACAGCUGGAGCUAGAGGCAGACCAGCUGGAGCGAGAGGCAGAAGAGCUGGAGCAAGUGGUAGAACAGCUGUAGCAAGAGGAAGAGAGACAGCUGUAGUAAGAGUGAGAGAGACUGCUGCAGAAAGAGUGAGAUAUGUGGAAAAGGAGAGAGAUAGACAUGUGAAAUAAGAUAGAGAGACAGCUGGAGCAAUUGAGAGACAGCUGGAAUAGAGAUAUAUAGCUGGAGCGAGAGACAGAAAGCUGGAGCAAGAGGCAGACAGCUGGAGCAGGAGAGAGACAGCUGGAGCAGGAGACAGACAGCUGUAGAUCGAGACAGACAGCUGGAGUAGGAGACAGACAGCUGACGCAGGAGACAGCAAGAGCAUGAGACAGAUAUAUGGAACAGGAGACAGACAGAUGGAGCAGGAGACAGACAGCUGGAGCAAUUGAGAGAGACAGCUGAAGCAAUUGAGAGAGACAGAUCUAGCAAGAGAGGGAUACAGCUGGAGGACAGACAUACAGCUGGAGCAGAGACAGACAGCUGGAGCAAGAGACACACAGCUGGAGCAGGAGACAGACAGAUGGAGCAAUUGAGAUUAACAGUUGGAGCAAUUGAGAGCGACAGCUUUGCAAGAGAGAGAGAGAGAGCUGAAACAAUUAAAAGAGACAGCUCUAGAAAGAGAGUGAGACAGCUGGAGGAGAGUCAUACAGAUUGAGCGAGUCUUAAAGAUGGAGCGAGAGUCAUAAAGCUGGAGCAAGAGACAGAAAGCGGGAGCAGGAGACUGACAGCCGGAUCAGGAGACAGCCGAAUCAGGGGACAAGGGCCAAGAGACAGAAGGACCAAGUGACAGACGGACCAAGAGAAAGACGGACAAAAGACAGACGGACCAAGUGAGAGACGGACCAAAAGACAGACGGACCAAGAGACAGACAGAACAAGAGAUAGACGGACCAGGGACAGACGGACUAAGGGACGGUCGGACCAAGGACAGACGGACCAAGAGACGGCUGGACCAAGGGACAGCUGGAUCAAGGGACGUCUGGAUCAAGGGACCGCUGGAUCAAGAGAUGGCUGGAUCAAGAGACGGCUGGGUCAAGAGACGGCUGGAUCAAGAGACGGUUGGAUCAAGAGACGGCUGUCUCAAGAGACGGCUGUCUCAAGAGACGGCUGGAUCAAGAGACGGCUGGAUCAAGAGAUGCCUGGAUCAAGAGACGGCUGGAUCAUGAGUCAGCUGGACCAAUAGAUGGCUGGAACAAGAGACAGCUGGACCAAGAGACGGCUGGAACCAUAGACAGUACCACGUGACAGACGUACCAAGAGACCGACGUACCAAGAGACGGCUGGACCAAGGGACGGUCGGAUCAAGGGACGGUCGGAUCAAGAAACGGCUGGAUCAAGAGACGGCUGGAUCAAGAGACGGCUGGGUCAAGAGACGGCUGGAUCAAGAGACGGCUUGAUCUAGAGACAGCUGUCUCAAGAGACGGCUGUCUCAAGAUUUGGCUGGAGAUGGCAGGGUCAAGAGACGGCUGGGUCAAGAGACGGCUGGAUCAAGAGACGGUAGGAUCAAGAGACGGCUGGACAAGAGACGGCUGGACCAAGAGACAGACGGAUCAAAAGACAGACGGACUAAGAGACGGCUACACCAAGGAAAGGCUGGAUCAAGGGACGGCUGGAAUACAGGACGGCUGGAUCAAAAGACGGCUGGUUCAAGAGACGGCUGGAUCAAGAGACGGCUGGGUCAAGAGACGGCUGGACCAAGAGACGGCUGGAUCUAGAGACGGGUGUCUCAAGAGAUGGCUCUCUCAAGAUACGGCUGGAUCAAGAGACGGCUGGGUCAAGAAACGGCUGGGUCAAGAGACGGCUGGAUCAAGAGACGGCUGGAUCAAGAGACGGCUGGACCGAGAGACCGCUGGACGGAGAGACAGAACGGACCAAGGGACGGCUGGAACAAGAGACAGUACCAAGAGACAGACGUACCAAGAGACAGACGUACCAAGAGACGGCUGGACCAAGGGACAGUCGGAUCAAGUGACGGUCGGAUCAAGAGACGGCUGGAUCAAGAGACGCCUUAGCAAGAGACGGCUGGGUCAAGAGACGGCUGGAUCAAGAGACGGCUGGUUCUAGAGACAGCUGUCUCAAGAGACGGCUGUCUCAAGAUUUGGCUGGAUCAAGAGACGGCUGGGUCAAGAGACGGCUGGGUCAAGAGACAGCUGGAUCAAGAGACGGCUGGAUCAAGAGAUGGCUGGACCAAGAGACGGCUGGACCAAGAGACAGACGUAUCAAAAGACGGACGGACAAAAAACGCCGGACCAAGGGACGGCUGGAUCAAGGGACGGUUGGAUCAAGGGACGGCUGGAUCAAGAGACGGCUGGAUAAAGAGACGGCUGGAUCAAGAGACGGUUGGAUUAAGAGACGGCUGGAUCUAGAGACGGCUGUCUCAAGAGAUGGCUGUCUCAAGAUUCAGCUGGAUCAAGAGACGGCUGGGUCAAGAGACGGCUGGGUCAAGAGACGGCUGGAUCAAGAGACAGCUGGAUCAAGAGACGGCUGGACCGAGAGACCGCUGGACGGAGAGACAGAACGGACCAAGGGACGGCUGGAACAAGAGACAGUACCAAGAGACAGACGUACCAAGAGACAGACGUACCAAGAGACGGCUGGACCAAGGGACAGUCGGAUCAAGGGACGGUCGGAUCAAGAGACGGCUGGAUCAAGAGACGCCUUAGCAAGAGACGGCUGGGUCAAGAGACGGCUGGAUCAAGAGACGGCUGGAUCUAGAGACAGCUGUCUCAAGAGACGGCUGUCUCAAGUUUUGGCUGGAUCAAGAGACGGCUGGGUCAAGAGACGGCUGGGUCAAGAGACGGCUGGAUCAAGAGACGGCUGGAUCAAGAGAUGGCUGGACCAAGAGACGGCUGGACCAAGAGACAGACGUAUCAAAAGACAGACGGACAAAAAACGCCGGACCAAGGGAUGGCUGGAUCAAGGGACGGUUGGAUCAAGGGACGGCUGGAUCAAGAGACGGCUGGAUCAAGAGACGGCUGGAUCAAGAGACGGCUGGGUCAAGAGACGGUUGGAUCAAGAGACGGAUGGAUCUAGAGACGGCUGUCUCAAGAGAUGGCUGUCUCAAGAUUCGGCUGGAUCAAGAGACGGCUGGGUCAAGAGACGGCUGGGUCAAGAGACGGCUGGAUCAAGGGACGGCUGGAUCAAGAGACGGCUGGACCGAGAGACGGCUGACCCAAAGACAGAACGGACCAACGGACGGCUGGAACAAGAGACAGUACCAAGACCCAGACGUACCAAGAGACAGACAUACCAAGAGACGGCUGCGCCAAUGGACGGUCGGAUCAGGGGACGGUCGGAUCAAGAGACGGCUGGAUCAAGAGACAGCUGGAUCAAGAGACGGCUGGGUCAAGAGACGGCUGGAUCAAGAGACGGCUGGAUCUAGAGACGGCUGUCUCAAGAGCCGGCUGUCUCAAGAUUCGGCUGGAUCAAGAGACGGCUGGUUCAAGAUACGGCUGGGUCAAGAGACGGCUGGAUCAAGAGACUGCUGGAUCAAGAGACGGCUGGACAAGAGAUGGCUGGACCAAGAGACAGACGGAUCGAGAGACGGACGGACCAAGCGACGGCUGGACCAAGGGACGGCUGGAUCAAGGGACGGCUGGAUCAAGGGACGGCUGGAUUAAGAGACGGCUGGGUCAAGAGACGGCUGGAUUAAGGGACGGCUGGGUCAAGAGAGCUGGAUCAAGAGACGGCUGGAUCUACAGACGGCUGUCUCAAGAGACGGCUGUCUCACAAUUCGGCUGGAUUAAGAUUCGGAUGGAUCAAGAGACGGCUGUGUCAUAAGACGGCUGGGUCAAGAACCGGAUGGGUCAAGAGACGUCUGGGUCAAGAGACGGCUGUAUCAAGAGACGGCUGGACCGAGAGACGGCAGGACCGAGAGACGGCUGGACCGAGAGACAGAACGGACCAAGGGACGGCUGGACCAAGAGACGGCUGGAUCCAGAGACGGCUGGAUCAAGAGACGGUUGGAUUUAGAGACGGUUGGAUCAAGAGACGGCUGGAUCAAGAGGUAGACGGAGUAAGAAACAGACGGACCAAGAGACAGACGGACCAGAGACAGACGGACCAAGAGACAGGCGGACCAAGAGACAGAUGUACUAAUGACAGACGGACCAAGAGAUAGAUGGACCAAGAGACAGAUCUAUCAAGUGACAGUUUUAUAAAGAGACAAAUGGAUCAAGUGACUGUUGGAACCUCGUAUGCUUACAAGCAUAAAAACAGAUGUUCAGAAACAGAAUGUGAUGACGUCUGGACAUGAAUCUAGGCCUCAGAAUGUGCUCGGUACAAUUUGUGGAGCAUUGAACGACUAUUAUCUAAGUACGUUUAAUGUGUCGAAAGACAUAUGUACUUUUCCUUGGCGAUAUCAGGCAGAACUUUAUCAAUCAGUUUACUCAUGAAGAAACCACAUACGUAUCUUUAAAAUAUAACAUUUGGUGGACUGUGGAAAUGGCAAACCCUAUCCGUUCGAGGACAAAGUGAAGAAGUUUGCGUUUAAGAGAGAGAAUACUUACAUUUACAAUUCCGGCGAAUUGAAGCAGGCCGUUUAACACAGUAUUGAUUAACUCUGUCGGGAAGAAAAAGACAAAGUAGGCAAAGGAUCUGGCUGGUCUGUCUUCAGUAAACCGAUUGGACCUAAGAAUUCGUCAGUUCAACCCAAUUCAGAAGUAAAUGUUUAUUGACAUGCCUACUUUAGCAUGUGUUCCUGUAGGAGGAAGGAUCUAUGUAAUAAAAUUUGUAAUUUUGUUUAAUUU